AUGUUUUUGUUGUGGAUUUUGCUGCUUUCCUGGCUUGGAACAACAAAGCAAAUGGCUGUGCUGCAGAAGAAAAGGAGAUUUCUACACCACCUGCCUCAAGACAGAGAUACGCUAGUGAAAUAUCUAAGGGGCCAAGAAGGAGCUCUGGCAGAUACUGGUUUGUUUGGGACACACCUCUUGGCAGAAAUGGAGAGCGAGAGGCAAAAUGCCCCAGAGGUGACCAGGUUUCUUUUGGCAUAUAAAGAUAGCCAUGCCCCUCAAGAUUUGGGGAACAGAACUUCUUCCGCAAGUGCACAAAUCGCUCCUUGCCACCCUCACAGGAAAAGGGAAGCGGAACUGCCCUUCAGGAAAGAUGCCAAGAAGUUUUGGGACCUUUUCAUGUUGAAAACCAAGUCACGAUCUGAUGAGAUUGUCCUUCCUAUCAAGACAAAUGAAAUGUAUCAGGAGACAUGCAGCACCAUCCCUUUCUCUCAGAGCAUUGCACAUGAGAACUGCGAGGAUCUGGUGGUGCAAAACAACUUGUGCUUCGGGAGGUGCAGCUCUUUUCACGUCCCUGGUCUUGAAGACCGCCUCUACACCUUCUGCUCACACUGCUUGCCCACCAGGUUUUCCAUGGAACGUUUGGAGAUGAAUUGCACAAUCGCUGCUCCUGUGAUCAAGGUCGUCAUGAUUGUCGAAGAAUGCAAGUGUGAGGUUCAGAAAACAAGAGAACCCGAAAUGGGAUUUCUGCACUCAGAUCUGCAUGCCAAUGUGUAUGAACACAACUGAGCCUUUC